CUUUCUUUUCUCUAUUUUUAUUUCUUUAUUUACUUACGUGGGCGCAUGACUCAUACAACCAUUAUUCAAGAAAAUCCAUUACAAGAAGAAGCUUUGGCAGAGGGACUAAUUCGAUUAAGACAAGAAAAGGCAGAGGAUGAACAAGAAAAAGAUAACCAAGAAAAUGAAAUGAUUAAAUUUUCUCGAGAAUCAUUACACAGUUUUCAAUUUUCAACAAACAUACCGCUUUCAAGAAAACUACAUGAAACUUGUACUAUUUUAAGAACUCACUUGAAAACAAAAACAGCGGAUGCACCAAACCAUUCUGGCAUAAAGCCAAGGAGCAGGACAUUGCCAUCUGUCUACUCCUCUCCCGCUUCUUCUUCUUGCUCUUCAUUUUACAGCUUCCAAGAAGAAGAAGAAGAAGCAGAGGAGGAACAAAUUUACGUCCCACAUUUACACAACAGAACGAGACAGCAACAAAAUCAGGCUAUAUUAACAACAUAUGAUGAUUUUCGCAUAAUUAUCACCAAUGGUAUAGCAAAGGAUGUUCUUGUCAGUCACGAUCACGAUCAACAAGAACAGCUUAUCGGAAAACAAGUCAUCGAGAACCUAAUUGAUCCUUCUUACCAAAACCGGUUAAAAUCAAUUAUUGUGAAACGGAGAAAAGAGGCACUCCAUAGUAGCAGUAUUCAUGCAGAUGAAGGCACAGUGAUUGUCUGCGGAGAAAUUAUUCCCAUCAUCAAAUUGGACGGAACCAAGUCGUCUGCUUCUUUAUGGUUAAAGGAAAAAAAGAAUGAACUGGGCCAAUCUGUUUUCAUCUGGAUAUUUGAAGAGGUUUAUGAAAGUACUCUGACCAUUCGAGUCAAUGACGAGGUAAGUUACCUCUAGACAAGACCUUUGUCUUUUUGUAAUCAAGACUAUUCAAGGGUAACAUACAUCAUAUUUUGGACAAGAAUGGGUUAAAAGAUCUUUAUGGCUAUGAUACAGAUGAGAUCUUGAAUGAGCCAUUAUCCAAGCUGA